AUGGCCUCUGAAUCAUCGGAAUCCCUCCCUAUUCCUCAACCUCCCCCACACUUGUUCGUGGGCAACUUCUCUGAGAUCGAUCCCAAUAACGCGCCGGGAUCUUUCCAGCGGCUUGCGGAUAUCUAUGGCGAGAUCUACCAACUCGAUUUUCCAGGGCGCGACGGCAAAGUUAUUGUCGUCUCUUCAUAUGAUACGAUAAACGACUGUUGUGAUAGCGAGCGGUUCGAAAAACCUAUCAAUGCUACUCUGGACGAGGUGCGGGCUUUGACUGGAGAUGGUCUGUUCACAGCCUACCCUGGCGAAAAGGCCUGGGGCGUUGCUCAUCGGCUACUAAUGCCAGUCUUUGGACCAAUGGGCAUACGGAAGAUGUUUGAUGGCAUGAUGGAUAUCUCGACACAGAUGCUGCUUCGGUGGGAUCGCUUUGGACCAGAUCAUGAGAUAGAAUGCAGCGAUGACUUCACAAGGUUGACAUUUGACAUGAUCGGUUUAUGCGCGUUCGGCUACAGAUUCAACAACUUCUAUACUGACCGUGCGCAUCCCUUCGUGGAAGAGAUGGUCGAGGUUUUGAUCGAGUCUGGAAGACGAGCUACUCGCACAUCUGUCGAGAAUAAGCUUCGUGUCUUUGCUGAAGCUCGUCGUCAAGAGAACGUGAAGAAGAUGCACGAAUUAUGCGACAAGAUCAUCGCAGACCGAAUUGCUCAUCCGCAACCAGAUGCUAAGGAUUUGCUCAACCCUAUGCUUGAAGGUGUUGAUAAGGAAACUGGGGAGAAGAUGACAAAAGAAUCCGUAAGGUACAACAUGGUGACUUUCUUGGUUGCCGGUCACGAGACCACAAGUGGAACCUUGGGUUUCUUGUUCUAUCACCUGCUCAGAAACCCAGACAAGUAUCUGAGGGCUCAGCAAGAAGUUGACGAAGUACUCGGAGACGGUCCACUCGAACUAAAACACAUUCCAAAGCUCACCUACAUAAAGUUUGCGAUCUACGAGGCAUUGCGUUUCCUUGGUCCAAUUGCAAUCAACGGAAAGCACUCGAUGAAGCCCACCAAGAUAGCAGGGAAGUAUCAGGUGCAGCCAAAAGACAUGAUCCUGAUGAACCUGAAAGGACUGCAUCACGACCCCAAGGUCUAUGGCGACGAUGCUGACGUGUUUCGACCCGAGCGUUUCCUCAAUGGUGGCUGGGAGAAUCUUCCGCCAAACGCAUGGAAGGCUUUCGGCGAUGGGGUUCGUGCCUGCAUCGGCAGGACAUUCGCUGAACAGGAGAUGAUCAUGGUUGUCGCGCUCAUUCUGCAAAAGUUCCAAGUUGAGCUUGCAGACCCUGGCUACCAGCUUCAUGUAUCAGUUACCAUUACGCAAAAACCGAAAGAUCUGAAGAUCAAGGUCCGCAGACGACCUGGACGCACCAUGGCCAGUCUAGGUGGAUUUGGAGGCGGCACCACCACUACCAAGAAGACUGAAGAAGAUGAACCUGGCAAGACUGGGGAAUCGAAGCUUCCUACCAGAGACGCGAAGCCCAUUACAGUACUCUAUGGUUCGAACGCUGGUACAUGCAAGUCCUAUGCCGAAGAUUUGGAGACCAACGCUGCACGAUACGGCUUCAAGGCAAGCAUAGCCAGUCUAGACUCAGCCACCGAGCACAUUCCCAAAGACCAGCCUAUCGUUAUCAUUGAACCUUCCUACGAAGGUAAGCCAGCAGACAACGCAAAGAAGUUCACCGCCUGGCUUGAAAGCAAUGCGAGCUCCAAGCUGCUUGAGGGAGUCCAGUAUGCUGUCUUCGGGGUCGGAAACAGCGACUGGAGCCAUUCGUACCAUCGUGUCCCUAAACUCACCGACGAGUUGUUUGAGAAAAUGGGCGCGAAACGGUUCACCGAGACAGGUCUCGUUAAUGUAAAAGAAGACAUCAUGGGUCCUUGGGAGAAGUGGUCCGAACGGGUGUGGAGUGAUCUUCGUAAGUCCAGUGGCACUACUACUGAAGUACUUGGUGGACAGCUCCAGGCCGACAUCACCCCUCCGAAAUUUGCUACUUACCUUGGAGGCAAAGAGAUUGGCUACGGUGAAGUCAAGAUCAACAAAGAUUUAGGUGGCGGAGAGGUCGGUCUGCCCAAGAAGCACAUGGAGAUUGAACUUCCAGCGGGAACAUCUUAUCGUUCAGGCGACUACAUGGUCAUUCUGCCACUCAACAGUAUCUCCAAUGUUAGGCGGGUCAUGAAGCGCUUCGACCUAGCGCCUGAUGAUAACAUCCAUAUCACAGGCACCAACAAGACCUUCAUCAGUACUGAAGCACCGACCUCGAUCUUCGACCUGCUGAUGACACGUGUGGAGCUGGGCACGCCAAUCUCGCAAAAGCAAUUACAGACUCUUGCGGAGGCGACGCCGGAGAACAAACGGGCCAAACUAUUGGAGUUAGCAAGCGACGAAACGUACAAGAAGCAGGUCAUACCCAAACGCUACAGCGUUUUGGAUGUCCUCGAAGACCAUCCAGAUUGUCAGUUACCCUUUGCGGUUUACCUUGACUCGCUUAAGCCACUAUCUCCUCGUCAAUACAGCAUCUCGUCAUCGCCCCUCGCAAACAUUGAGUUUGUCCAGACGCCCGAAGGUAACACUAGCCAGCGUCUGACUGCCUCCUUGACUUACGACGUUCACGAUGAGGCUGCAUGGAGUGGAGAUAAUCGCCGCUUCCACGGUGUUGCGUCGACAUACCUAGCGCGUCAAGAACCAGGCGAGAAGAUUCGUUGCUUCCCACGUCCAACAAACAUCAAUUUCCACCUUCCAUCCGACCCGACCAUACCCAUCAUCAUGGUAUGCGCAGGCUCAGGUCUCGCUCCUAUGCGUGGCUUCAUCCAAGAGCGCGCAACCAUCAAGAAGGCUCGUAACGCAAAGGUCGGUCCGGCGAUUUUAUACUUUGGCUGCCGUCACUACGAGAAAGACUUCAUCUACUCCGAGGAGCUGAAGCAGUGGGAGGCCGACGGUGUCGUCAGCGUACGUGGUUGUUUCUCGAAGGUCGCUCCUGGAGACCAGAAAGCGCAACGUGUGCCUGAUCGCAUGUGGGAUGAGCGGAAGGAGUUGGCCGAGUUAUUUGGGGAUGGAGGCGCGAAGGUCUUCAUUUGUGGCAGUGCGAGUAAAUUGGCAAAGAGCACGGCUGAGGUGUGCAUGAAGAUAUUUAGAGAUACCUUCCCCGAUAAGACGGAGCAAGAUGCGCUGGAAUGGCUGGAGAAGGUCAAGGAGGAUAGGUACGUGAGCGACGUGUUCGAGUAG